AUGGAAAUUACAACGAUGAUGUUCAAAUGGACGCGUGCACUUUCUCGCGAAGGUUUUAUGACAACAAACUUCUAUUUCUCAGAGUUGCAUAAAUCAUCCUAUUACGUAAAAAAAAUUGUACAGCCACUUUACGUUGCAAUGAUUUCUAAUUACAAAGAUAUUGAUGAGCUUUCAUUAGCAACAAGUACUUUCGACAUGUCUUUUGCUGUGUGGUUUAUUAUUUUUACAUAUAGUGGACAUGAUCCGGAUUAUUGUCACAAUCCACCGUUUAAUAUAUUUCAUUUGAGAUUCGACUCGAAAAUGAUCGUUCGUUGCAAUAGGGAAAAUAUUUUACGUGAAUGGUAUUCGAUUGAUAAAAAUGAAACGGAGAUCGAUGAUGUAGCAUUGUGGAGCUUAGAAAACGGAAUUACAACGAUUGUUUCUAAUACUCUGUACGUUAGAAGGAAUAAUUUAAAGGGUAUGAAUAUGAGAGUUAUUCUGAUUAAGAACUCACCAUUUAUAAAAGUAAUGAAGGAUGGUAAAUUAGAUGGGAUAUUUGGUAGAACAUUUGAAGAACUUAGUGCUUCUCUGAAUUUUACUUUCCAAAUUGUCUCAGAAGUGGAAGAAUACGGUGCUUGGAACCCAAAAGAAAGUAAAUGGACGGGUGCAAUUGGUGAAAUAAUUUCCAGAAAUGCCGAUAUUUGUCCUUCUAGUUUUUCUAUAACUAAUUCGAGAUUAAAUAAUGUUGAUUUUACGCUUCCAUUUUUAGUCUCGAAAACUUCUUUCUUUAUUCAAGAACCACAACAAUUUUCGUUUAAAUGGUCAUCCUUCUUUUUGACGUUUUCGUAUUCUAUCUGGAUUUCUAUAUUGGGAAUAUUAAUCGUGGCAACAAUCUUGCUAAUUUUUUUAAAAAUAAAUUCUGGAACUGAUCGAAAGAAAGAAUUUUUAUUAGCUGAUAGUUUUCUAGAGAUUUGGGGUAUAUUGUGUCAGCAGGGUCUAGCAGAUUUUCCUGAUAGUUGCUCGUUAAGAAUAGUAUAUUUCUCAAUAUUUAUUUUAGUAGUCGUUUUAUGGGCCGCUUAUUCAGCUGCUUUGAUUAGUUUUUUAACCACUCCGAACAAAAUUUUACCAUUUCGAUCAUUCGAAGAAUUUGCUAAGGACGGUACUUAUCAGCUUUACGUCUUUCGUGGAUCUGUUAUUCAUGACAUGUUUAUGAACUCGAAGGAACCAUAUGCGCCAAAAAUAAGGAAAUUAAUGAUAAAAGAAGAACAAUUGUCAACAAGUGCAGUGAUAGGAUUUAAUACAGUUUGUGAAAAUCAGAAUAUAGCACUCUAUACGACUGAAGCAAUAAAAGAAAACAUUAAUGUUAAGUUACCAUGUGACAUUGUUUCUAUUAAAGUAGGAGAAAUAGACAUGGCUGGUAUAAUUUUGUCAAAAAACAAUCCGUACACCGACGUCAUCAAUUAUCAGCAAAUUGAAAAAAUUUAUCGACAGUGGAAGAAUGCAUCAUUUAAAGCAAAAGUCAUUGAGAAUGACAUAUACAGAUAA